UUAAGUACCACUUGUCACUUUUUUAUGUCUUGUUAGAUAUUUUAGAGCGAGCAGCUGGGCAGGUUAGCAAGAGUGGAGACGAGAGGGAGUUAGGUGAGAUUGAUUAUUAGUAUAAAAAGUUGAGUCUUCCUUGCUCAAUCUGAGAGGAGAAAGGAAAAACAAAAAUGGGGUCAGUAGCAAAGAAGGGACUGCAACAGUAUAUGUUACAGCUUCAACAACACCCCUUAAGAACUAAGGCAAUUACAGCAGGGGUGCUGUCAGCUCUCAGUGACAUAGUAUCACAGAAACUCUCUGGCAUUCAGAAACUUCAAAUUAAAAGGAUUUUGCUCAAAGUGCUUUUUGGGUUUGGAUAUCUUGGACCAUUCGGCCAUUACCUACAUAUACUACUGGAUAAACUUUUCAAGGGAAAGAAGGAUACAACAACAGUUGCCAAGAAGGUGGCAGUGGAGCAGUUGACAGCUUCUCCUUGGAACAACUUGGUUUUCAUGGUUUAUUAUGGGAUGGUUAUUGAUGGAAGACCCUGGUUGCAGGUGAAAACUAAACUAAAGAAGGAAUACCCAGCAGUGCAGUUCACAUCAUGGACGUUCUGGCCUGUUGUUGGGUGGGUAAAUCACCAGUACAUACCACAGCAAUUCCGUGUCAUCUUCCACAGCCUUAUCGCAGUUGGCUGGGGAAUAUUUCUGAAUCUCCGAGCAAGGUCCAUGGCCUUGACCAAAGGCUAACAGAAGAAGAACAUCAGAAAACAUCAGAAAUCACGAUAUGUCAUCAUUGAUGAUAUGUCACCAUUGAUGAAUAAUGCUUCCAAUUGCACGGAUAUAUUAUGUCGUGAGCACAUUGUUUUCAGCAACCAUAAACUCAGCAACAUUAGUUCUUAUUUAUAUGCGUGUAACGUGUGAUGAAUGUUGAUUGAAAUUUUUAUUGGAAAUGUUUUCUAUUGCUCA